GCCAAGUUCAAGGACAACGAACGCGCAUCAAUUAAUUGUAGACCCAUGGGGCGUUACAAUUUGUAGUGAGAACCACAAACUGAGGCAAUAAUUCUACCAUUCUUUGACGCCUCUAUAUGACACCAGUAAAUCCUGAGAAAUAUUAUUUCUCUAAGAUUCAGCUUUACGACCCUAAUGAAAUCAUAAAUUACGGGAUUCAAAAGCAAAUUCAAAAGAAAAAUAGGAGAAAACUAGCUAAACUUGAGAAGCAGGGUAUAUUUGUUGGCAGAGACCCAAUAAAAUUGUUGAAAAAAGCUAACAAGAGUCCGAAAUCAGAAACUAACAAUGCAGAUCUGACAUCCGUUGAUAUCAUUCGCAAAAAGUGGAAAAUUGCAUCACUCAGAGCUCAAGGUGUGAAGGUUAAAGAUGACAUGUCACUUUUGAAAAGGGCAGCUGAUAAAGUACAUAAACUCAAACGGAAACGAGCUAAAAACUGGAAGAAGCGUAUAGAGGCUAAUGAAGAAAAGAAACGUGAGAGACAGGUUAAAAGAACUACCAAUAUUCAAGCAAGAAGAACGAAAAAACUUUCAAAGAAACUAAAUAAAGCUCGUGAAAAAGGGAGAAUUUUCUUCGCCUGUGAAUAAAAAACUGUAUUUUGUGCUUAUUUUAAAACACUUCAAAACAAUUACUCACUGAUGAGCAUUUUAAAAUUCAUAUCCCUUGGUUUUGGUACAGAGAGUUUGUUUAAAUAAUCAUAUGAGAUUGGGCACCUUGAUGUCCGAUUUCGUCUAUAGAAAAAGCCAAGCUAUCAAACUAAGGUCCUCUUGUAGAAUUCGCUGGCUGUUCUUAGGAACCAUGUAGGUCUACCGGCUGGUGUUAGCCAUAGUGAGAAACCCCUGUGAUUUUGCUCUAAACCGAGUGAAAUGGGGGCAACAUAUCCUGUCC